CGACGACUGACCUGCUCAACGCAUGCCAUACCACCAUACCUAUAACUGAUCUUCUUAAAAGAGGAAAGGGACAAGAAAGAAGAAGGGGUAAAAAUGUCCGAAUCAGCCCCACCCCCAACCGCACCAGCAACAGCAACAGCACCGGCAACAUCCACCACCACCAACCCUCCACCUCCCUCUACCACAAAUACUGCGCCCACGACCAACAACAACAACAACCAAACAGACACAGCGCAGCCCAAUGGCAGCGCAUCCGCAGCCCCCAAUGGAGGCGGGGGCGUGAACGGGAGUUCAGGUACAGGGGUAGGGUCAACGACCGCGUCAGGGAGCGCAAACCGCGGUCUUCCCUACUACGAGAAACUCCGGCGCGAGUUACGCGACACAAUUCAGAAGAAGCGCAUGAUGGAUAAGAGUAUGUCCCAACUCGAAGACCAAAUCUUCCGCUUCGAACAAUCCUACCUCGAAGAAACAACAGCCGGCAACAUCAUCAAAGGCUUCGACAACUACAUCAAGGGCUCCUCCAGCGGCGGUCUCAGCGGCGCGGGCAGCAGUCUCGGCGGCGGCGCGGGCGGCGGCAGCGGGAGCAUCGCGCUGGGGACGGGCGUCGCGCGACGAAAGGCGCAGGUUACGGAUGCGGAUCGGGUGUUUUCGAGGAGUUCGGCGGGGUUUAUGAGGGACUCACCCUCCUCCUCAGCCCAAACCACCCCCUCCCACGCCGCGACACCCACAUCAACCUACAACACCAACACCAACGCCGUCAACAGCAACAGCAACAGCAACGCCAAAGCAAGCGGCAGCAGCGCUACCACCAAAGACAAAGACGCGGGCGAAGUGCGCGGCCCGUCCAAGGCUAAUAAGAAGAAAUCUUCCUCGUCCGGUGGAGGCGGGGCGAAUCGCGGUAAGGCGGGGAAUAGCAACAAUGGUAAUAAUAAUGAUGUUGAUGAGGAGGAGGAUGGGAAGCCGCCGUCGAAGAGGUUGAAGAUUAGUUAUGCUAGGGAGUGAUCUGUCUUUUUAUAGUCCGUUUCGUUUCGUUUCGUUUCGUUUCGUUUCAUGCUGUGAACUCUUGUGAGAAUGGAGUGGAAUGGCAUUGUGCAUGGCUGAUGUGGCUUUAGGGCUGGAGUUAGUUGUGGGUUUGGAUGGUGUUUGGGUUGGGGAUGAUCUCGUUUCUUAUCUUUCAUUUUUUUUUUAUAUUAUACUAAAGGAGCUAGGCACUGGUUGGUUGAUUGAGGUUAUGCUAACAAUAUGAUAUCCGUGAUACAUGUACCUUAUCUCUUAAACAAUAUUCAUACUCGGGUUACCUUCGCUUCCUCCUGUUAGACCUUCAGUCAGCCUUCCUCGGCUAGGUUUCAGUAGGUUUCAGUAGUUCUUCCCCAGGCUUUGGUAGAUCAGGCUCAUGGUAAAACUACAACUGCAACCG